AGCACUGAAGGAGUGGGCGGGAGCGUGCCAAACGCAAACAUGGCGGCGUCCUUAGAUGAUGAUUUUGAGUUUAAUAAUCAGGACUACUACUCUCUACUCAACGUCAGGAAAGAGGCUACAUUGGAAGAGUUAAAGGCAUCAUAUCGGAGGCUGUGUAUGCUCUACCAUCCUGACAAACAUCGAGACCCAGAGCUGAAAAGCCAGGCCGAACAGCUCUUCAACCAGGUGCACCAGGCAUAUGAAGUGCUGAGUGAUGCUCACUCCAGAGCCAUCUAUGACAUCUUUGGGAAGAAAGGGCUGGAGGUGGAAGGCUGGGAGGUGGUGGAGAGGAAGAGAACUCCAGCAGAAAUCCGAGAGGAAUACGAAAGGCUGCAGAGAGAAAGAGAAGAGAGGAGACUGCAGCAAAGAACUAACCCCAAGGGAACCAUCAGCGUGGGUGUGGAUGCAACAGACUUGUUUGACCGCUAUGAUGAGGACUUUGAAGAGAUGCCGGGAGGAGGGUUUCCUCAUAUUGAAAUCAACAAGAUGCACAUUUCCCAGUCCAUAGAGGCUCCGUUGACGAACUCUGACACAGCAGUGCUCUCCGGUUCGCUAUCUACACACAAUGGGAAUGGAGGGGGCAACAUUAACAUGACUGUACGAAGGGUUACGUCAGCCAAAGGCUGGGGAGAGGUGGAAUUUGGUGCAGGAGACAUACUUGGACCUCUAAUUGGGUUAAAGGUGUUUCGCAACCUCACUCAACGGUGUUUCUUGACAGCCCAGUGCGGCUUGCAGUUCUCCCCUCGAGGUUUGCGGCCAAGCUGUUCUCUGAUGACGGCACGCCACCUGGAUCAGAACACCAUGGGUUAUCUGCAGUGGCGCUGGGGACCCAACAGCGCCAUGACCACCAGCCUGGUCCGAGACACAAAGAGCAGCCACUUUACUCUAGCUCUGCAGCUGGGUGUGCCUCACUCCUACCUGAUGAUGAGCUACCAGUACAAGUUCCAGGAUGAGGACCAGACCAAAGUUAAAGGCUCUGUGAAGACGGGCUGGUUUGGUACUGUGGUGGAAUACGGAGCAGAGAGGAAGAUCAGCCGACACAGUGUCCUGUCAGCCACUGUCAGCAUCGGGGUCCCUCAGGGAGUCACGCUCAAAAUCAAGUUGGCACGUGCCAGUCAAACGUACCUGUUUCCAGUCCACCUAACAGAUCAGCUUCUACCCAGUGCGGUCUUCUAUGCCACCGUGGGACCCCUUCUGGUCUACAUGGUCGUCCACAGACUGAUUAUCAUCCCAUAUACGCAAGCACAGAAAGAGCAAGAGCUGGAGCUGCAGAGGAAGAGCUCAGCCACAGACAUCGCCAAGAAGAAGCAGGAGGCAGAGUCUGCCGUUCUGCUGAUGCAGGAGUCUGUGAGGAGAAUCAUAGAAGCGGAAGAAUCCAAGAUGGGCCUGAUCAUCCUGAAUGCCUGGUAUGGAAAGUUUGUGUCGGACACCAGCCAGAAGCAGGAGAAAGCAAAGGUCAUCGACGUCACUGUGCCUCUGCAGUGCCUGGUCAAGGACUCCAAACUCAUCCUCACCGAGUCCUCUAAGGCCGGGUUGCCGGGAUUCUACGACCCCUGUGUAGGAGAGGAGAAGAGUCUCAAAUUACUGUACCAAUUCAGAGGCGUCAUGCACCAAGUUAUCUCUGCAGACGCCGAGUCGCUAAGGAUACCCAAGCAAUCUCACAGAAUUGAUUCUGAGUCCUAGGAGCCCACCACCGUUGGGAGCACAAGAGGGCAAAUGCAGAUAAAAACAGACUUUGUGUACACAAAAGAACGAAUGGAGGAGACACAUCAACAAUUAGUCUGUUUCUCUCCCUCUGGUCCUCUCCUGUCAUGAUAUUAGUGAGUCUGUUCAUCGAGUUCCUCCACUCCUCCCUUUCCUGUGGGCCGACAGAAUACAGGAGUCGGCUCAGUUUCUACAAGGCUGUUACCCUUUGUGUCUCUUAGUCUGCUACAGCUGACAGGGCUGCUCAAAUUAUCUGCCUGCUGCAAGAGAUCAGACAUUGGCCCUGAAAAUAGUUUUAUAUAUGCACUACUACAGAGGAACAUGGUGAAAGUGCACAGAUAAAUUUAAACAUGUUUCUUGGCAUGUGUUAAGUCAAAUAUAUACAAAUGAGCUGUGUUGUAGUUUUAUCACAUAUCACUGUAGUCUUCAGUGUGUGUGUGUGUGUGUGUGUGUGUGUGUCACCCUGGUAGUUUGAAUCGAAUAAUGUCAUAACAUACCAGUCAUGUCACCAACUCGUGCAAAUAUUUAGUAUCACUGCAGGAUCGUGUCUCAGUGACUCUGAGGCAGGCCAGGACUAAGGAGUGAUUGUGUUACUUGUGUUUUUGUUGAAAUUUCUCAUCCUUAUUUAUUAUGCCUUUUAGUGACAUGUCUGCUGCUCAUGAGGGUGCCAGUCAGCAGGGGUAAAAUGGUACUGAAACUUACAUCUGUGACGGGGGGCGAUAUGCGAUAGGCCGAUAGAGAUGCCCUUUGAUGGUCCCGAUCCAACCAGUGAGACAGGCUUGAAGUCUUCAUACAGAUUUUUUAAUAUCUCAGGCUAGACUGCAAUUUAAAGGCAGAAAUUCCACUUAGACUUGAGUUAAUUGAUUAUAUCUGUGCAGUUGCAGCCAAAACAGAAUUUCUUAGUAUGAUUUUUAAUACACUGAAGGUUAUAGUUUGUAUUUUACUAAGAUUUUAUGGCUGGGUUGCGACCAGUUGGUCAACUCUUAAAGUCAUAGAAGUACAGUAAAUUUUUAAUAUCAAAUGCACAUUACAACUGUGAACCCAACAUUUAAUCAAGACUUUAUUCUAUGUUCUAAACUGUUUGUGUCAGUAGUUGUUAAAGUGGAUUUCCACUGGAACCACAAAGGGAAACGUGAAAGAGCCAGAGUUAGUAAGUUACUCCUCAUUUUGUUGGGGGAUCCCUGAAAACACUAUUAAACUGUAGCAUACAAAUGGCAUUUUAUUAAAUACAAAAGUAAUAUUUUGCACGCAAGUCAUUUACAAGACAUAUUAGAGGCUUGUCAUGAAAGUGGUGCUGAAGCCUGUAACUGAAGCUGUACGCUUUUACUGAACUCCAGAGUUUGCAUUGAAGAAGUGCUGACCAGUCAGGUUGGCUUUAUAUACACGGUGCCCUACUUUGAUUCAUUUUAAGUUUUCCAUUGUUGUGAUAGGCCUGUCUUGCUUUGGGGUCACUAUUACAGCAGCCAUUUUGCACUGAUCAUGUUUGUAGAAUUUGUCUUACCUUUUUUUUGUUUUACAAGUGUUCUGUAAAGUAUUUUGACAGGUCAGCUGGUCACCUCUGCUCUAGUGCCACCAUGAGGCCGGCACAAAGACUGCUAAUCCCGUCAUAGUAUGUAAAUGUACUGCUUCGGUUGAGGAGCCUGUGUUCCCUGUAAAGACUACAAUAAAUAUGAACAGAUCA